GAGAACAAGACCGAUCUUGACGGCGCACUUCUCAUGGCCGACGCCGGCCUAUGGCUUAAUCGAGACCGCCGCACCGUCGGGUUCAUCCCCGGGACCCGCAUUGGCGACGUCUUCUUCUUCCGGAUGGAGCUCUGCGUCCUCGGCCUCCAUGGCCACUUACAAGCGGGCAUCGAUUACGUCGCCGCUGGAGAACCGAUCGCCACCAGCAUUGUCUUUUCCGGUGGGUAUGAGGAUGAUGAGGACCGAGGCGAGGUAAUUUUUUAUACUGGCCAUGGAGGUAGGCAAGGGAAGAAUGCUAGAAAACAGAGUGUCGGUCAGGAGCUUAAAGACGGGAAUCUUGCAUUGGAGAGGAGUUGUAAUUAUGGGAUUGAGAUUAGGGUUAUUCGAGGGUUGGACUGUGAGAGGAGUCCAACGAAGAGGGUUUAUGUUUAUGAUGGAUUGUAUAGGGUUGUGGAGUGUUUGAGUGAGAUAGGGAAGUCGGGGUUUGUUGUUUUUAAGUUUAAGCUCGUUAGGAUCGAGGGACAGGAAGUGAUGGGGAGCUCAGCAAUCAAGCUUGCUGAGGAGUUGAAGAAGAAUGCAUUGGGUGUUAGGCCAAAUGGGUAUUUGAGUCUUGAUAUCUCACAGGGGAAGGAGAAAGAACCGGUGGCGGUGUUCAAUGAUGUCGAUAGUAAUUGUGAUCCUUUGUUGUGUGAGUAUUUAGUUUCUCCCGAGUUUGCUUCUUUUGUAAGGAAACCUGGGGGCAGGGGUUGUAAAUGUCAAUCAGUUUGUUCAGUUGGUUGUGUGUGCGUUAACAGGAAUGGAGGGGAGUUUGCAUAUGAUUUGUAUGGAAGACUUUUGAAAGGGAAGCCUUUGGUAUAUGAAUGUGGGAGAUAUUGUGGAUGCCCCCCAAGUUGUGUGAAUAGAGUUAGCCAAAAGGGGUUGAGGCAUCAGUUAGAAAUUUUUAGGUCAAGUGAGGGGAGAUGGGCAGUAAGAUCACUAGAUAUUAUCCUCGCUGGGGAAUUUGUCUGCGAGUUUAGUGGGAGUUUGUUUGCAAUGGAACAAUUGGAACUCGAAGCGAGGAAUGGUCUCAUUUUGGUAGAUCCUAACCGGCUUCCAAGAAGAUGGGAAGAAUGGGGAGACUUAUCUAUGGUUAAAUCGGAUUAUGAAAAACCAAAGUUUCCUUCUUUGCCUUAUGUGGGAUAUUUUAUAGAUGUGUUGAGAGCAAGGAAUGUUGCUUGUUACAUGAGCCAUCGUAGUUCCCCGAAUUGUUUUGUGCAGUUUGUAUUGGUUGAUCACUACAAUGUUGCAUAUCCUCGUUUGAUGAUAUUUGCAAUGGAGAAUAUUCCUCCUAUGAGGGAGCUCAGCCUUGAUUAUGGGUUUGGAGAUGUGUAGGCCUGUAGGGUAGACAAGAUGACCCAUAAUUGCACAUGUUUUUGGAAGGAAUCAUGUGGGUACUUUUGUUAACUGUUUUUGGUUGAAGAAGAAGGUUCUACUAAUAAUUUUGUUAAUCCUUUGUAAAUCGUCAAUUUUUGGAAGGCCUUGAUGGCAUGGUCACCAGUGACAUUUUGUUUGGAUAAUGUCUCAACUGGUACUGUUCCAAAUCUUAUUGUAAAUUACAUUAUAUGUGGUUUCUAACUUUCUAUAUCACGAUGUUUUGUUGUUAAUCGUUCAUAUAUCAUAUAUCUUCAUUUCUAUUUUUUCAUAUAGUCAUUCUAUUCAAUACAUCAUCCAAAUUAGCGCAAGAUGGAAUCUUUCAUUGAUUGAGAAGGAAAAUUCAAUUGACUUCCUAAAUGCAAUAAUGAUCCUUCCUUGUAGUACUAGAGCAUAUAAACAUCUAUUUGUACUUAAGAUGUAAUUUUACAUAACAAAGUUUGGAAUCUUGGUAUAAAUUGUGGUUCCUUUGCCUUGACUGGUGUCGGUAUUGUGAGUUUCGAUGGUUCUGAUGACAAUGCGAUUAUCAGUAUAUUUAAUAAGUCAAUUUGAUCAAAAGAUUUCUAUUCAUUGAUUCUUUUGUUAUUGUUCUCUAAUAUCAUUUUAAAUCAUAUCUUUGUAGUUUAAUCCUCAAAUCUCCUCAAAAUUAGUCAAGUUUUGGCUGGAUCAGAUCAAAAUGCUUAAGUUUUGAUAUGGCACGAUGGAUGCAUAUUUGUACCUUCUAAUACUUUAGAUCUGAGUUCAAAAAGUUUGAGAACUGAUAGUUGCUCACUCAUUCCCUGCAAAAUAAUUUUGCAGGACCUUGUAGAUAUAGAUGCAAGAGGGAUCUGGUUUACUUGGUGAAAUAAGUAGUAAUGUUCUCCUAUUGUGCUGUUAAUUUUGGUAUUUAUUUAUUUUUCAAUGUUGUGUAUUUCAAAUAUCAGAACUUCAAAAUUAGUUGUUGUUAGUUGAUAUCUCUGAUAUCAACAGAUUUCAGGUGGAUCGAAUCAGAAUGCUUAAAUUCUGAUACAACACAGUACAUAUCGAUCUCAGCCAAUACUUCACACCUUGAUCAACACCAGAUCCCUGAAAAACAAUAUUGCAUUAUCUUGUUACUACUUACUAGCAUAGAUAUGGUGUGAGAUAUACUUGCAAUUUCAGAUGUUAUCUCGAGGAGGGGUUGUUUACUCAUCUGAACUUUUCUGUGAUACCCUCCAUGACAUUAUUUUGCUUAUAUCCUGUAAGUGAAAAUUCUCUCAUUAUUUUCUGCAAGCUAGGUAUCUUCUUUUUCCUAUUCGAAGCAUUGUUACUCUGUUUCUUAGACUGAGAUCCAAUUCAGGGAAUUAUUGUGGUAUUGCAGUAUGCACUCUUACUUUGAUAUGUACAAAACAAUAUAUACAUAGUUUUCAGUUGAUUUUAUCCAGGCUCAGUUUAAAUCUUUAUCAUAUAGCUCAUUCUGGGUUUAAAGUGAAACGAGGAUUCUAGGAUGUGAAGCUGAUUCAUAUUGAUUGACAUCUCUCCACAGAAGCUUGGAAGUUUUGGAAUACUGUAGAGUUAAUAGAAACAGAAACGUGAAGAAAUGAUACAAGUCGAGAAGUUCAGCCAUAAAUUAUUGGAAAUCCAUCAUAUGUUUUAAACUCAUUAGGAACUUUGAAUUCACAAGCAAAAGACACUUGAUCUAAAGUAUUACAAAUUCUUUAAAGUGUUAAAAAUAAUAUGUGAAUUGAUCACAUCUCCACACUACAAGUUGCUGACCAAUUUUCAAAAGCUGAGAUCAUCGAUUCUGCCUUCAACUGUGGAAGAAAAACAUGUGGAAGAAAAAAAAUCAAAAUACUAAAUGAGUAUCAUUGAGAAGUAUAUAACUGAAUGGUAUUUUAAGUAGUGAAUUGUACUAACAUUUAAUUAAACCAUGAGAAAAGACCUUGAACACACACAAACACAAUUAUUCAGAAAAGUAAAAAAAGAAUUUAUUUAAUAAUUAGAAUGUACCAUAGUGAUAUCUUUAAUCAGCUGAAAAAUAGCAUGGGAAAGAUAUAUCUUACAGAUACGCUAUUUUCUUGGCGUUCUCUUGUUAUGUGAGAAAAUAAAUGAUGGUGUUAUCAAAAGUAUUGGUCACUCAAUUAGGUUUAGAAUCAAAUUGUUUUCUUUUUCUUUUUCUUUUUUUUUUGAGAAAAAUUUUCGAGUUAUUUUCUGUAGAGCAUUUAUCAGAAAAAAUCUUCAAGGUUAACAAGAUCAGAUUAUUUUUGUUCAAAUAAGCACAAGAUUUACUUCAUGUGCUAAAUUUAAUAGGAAUCAUUAACCUUCUAAUAAACAAGAGCAAAAUAAUGUAUUCAUAUAUAGACUGACACUUGAUUGGAGCUGUUUACUGAAUUCAGACUGUGUAGCAGUUUCUCUAGCUAAUUGCUCCAGUUGCCAUUUUUUGAGACAAUUGUAUAUGCAAUUGUAACUAUUUAUCUCACUAGACUUGUAGCCUUUUUGGCAGUCUAAUUGCAAACUGAAGUCUAUUGCGAGGACCUACAGUCUAUUUGAUUAUAAUUCAUUUUUCCAAUUUAUUUUGCAACUGCAGAAAGUUUGCAGUUGCAGCGAAACAGACAGUUGCAAUUAUAGCUGGUUUUUGCAAAUUUUAUGUGUAGUUAUAGAUGCAAUUGAAGCUACAGUUACAAUUUUUAUGUGCGAGUUGGGAACGAUUCUUUUGCAGUUAAGUUCAUUCAUUCCCUCCAUAGUUAUGUGAUGAAGGAUUGCGCUUGUUCAUGUCUAAAUUUCUUGUGCACAUGGAAAGCUUUGGUAAGCCCCUUAAACUCCUGUGGUGAGGACCCUAUCUCAAACUUCUUACUUAAAAUUACUUGUAAUCUUCAUUUUCUCACUCUGUUUCCUCUCUUUGUCAUCUGCCCUAGCAAAUACUUAAAGGUCAAAACUGAUGAGAAGAGUCAAGAGUUCAAGGAAGAGGCAAUGCAAAGUUAUAGCCUACUCACUUCAAUUGUUUGUUGUAUGGUAACUCUGUUGAUCCAUUUAGUUAUAUGACCUGAUUUUAAAAUUCUGAUUUCUUCGACUGGCUUCAGCAUUGUUUUUGGUAUUGUUUAUUCAUUCUUUCCAAUUGACUAGGUUCACGGUUUGUUCUAUUCCUGGUUACCGUUGAUAUGUAUCUGGUUACUUGACUAUCCAGUCUUUAUCGGAAGGAUUGCUCAUUAUGAGUUGAAUAUUUA